AGGCGGAACGUCCUGUUGGAACUACUCAGGAAGUUCUUUCUUGCAAUGUUAUUAAGGCAUUAAUAUAUGAGACGCGUAAUACUAAAUCAAUGUAAAGUCCUCGAUUAAUGACGCGAUAAGAUAAAAGCAGUGCGACUGCUAUGAGCACGAAGAUCGAAUGAUCAACAUCGAGUAAGUCAUCUCAAACAGUACUUCAUCUCGAACAGUAGUUCUGUAUUUGUAUUAGCGAAGAAAAGAUGGCUGCUCACCACGCGCAGGUUGAGUGUCACGAGAUCGUGAAGCAGGGAGUGCGGCAUAUAGUGGAAUCAUUUUUUGGCGGCUCUCGAGGAUUACCAAAUCCACUCGAUUUCAGGAUAGAGACGGUACUAUUUUAUGACACUAGUAAUGGUCUCUACGGUAGUAGGUACUACUACGAAGAUUCCCAGUAGUUUUAACAACUACCUGGCUAAAGAAUCAUUCAAUAGUACGGCCACCAUUUCAUUCUUGAGUGCGUUCAUCCACCUCAUCUUCAUGGUGAUCACGACAUCCAAUAGCACGUGUGCUCUGUCUAUUCCAGGUUCCUCACGAUCGUGUGCCUAUCGUUGAAAAAUGGUGCGAAGAUGUUAUGCUCGACGAAAUGGACGAUCCGGCACUAGGCCGCGAAGCAGUAGAAGCACCUCCUGUGCCGGCCGAUCCAGUGCAGAGAGGUUCCUACUCUUACAGGAUAAGUAUAGUACUCUUGAACCUGGACGAUAGAUAUCUUCUUGAUUCUGACUGUGUAAAAUAGAACAACCGGUUAAUCUUUACCUCUGUCACGUAGAUGUAUCCCUUCAAGCAACAGAUUAUAGAAACGGAACCACAUUGAUUAUCAAGCGAUGGAUCAUAGUCUCCAAUCUAAAACAGAGGGAGAGGAGAAGCUACGCAUUGCAUUAAGCGAGUUGGGUUUACCAUCGCACCCAAGCGAGCUAUCAAAGCGGAAGCCGGUUUUGCAGAGCAUGACUGGUCAGUCACAGACUUAUUUUUUGGACUUAUUUGAUGUUGAUAUGAUGUUUAAUUUUGAUUUUGUUUGAUUCCCCUAAGUGCCUUACUAAGUGUCUCGCUAAAAGGGACUUCUCGCUUAAGCGUUUCGUCAAGUGCUUCUUUAUGUGCCUGUCGCUCAAGCGUUUCGUUAAGUGCUUCUUUAAGUGCCUGGCGAAGCACUUAAGGGACCUGUCGCUUAAGUGUUUCGUUAAGCGCCUCGCUAAGUGCUUCUUGAGGCACUCUAAGGGACCUGUCGCUUAAGUGUUUCGUUAAAGUGCUUCUUUAAGUGUUUGGCGAGGCACUUAAGGAAACUGUCGCUUAAGUGUUUCGUUGAGUGCCUCCGGAAGUGCUUCUUGAGGCACUUUAAGGGACCUGUCGCUUAAAUGUUUCGUUGAGUGCCUCGCGAAGUGCUUCUUGAGGCACUUUAAGGGACCUGUCGCUUAAGUAUUUCGUUUAGUGCCUCGCGAAGUGCUUCUUGAGGCACUUUAAGGGACCUGUCGCUUAAAUGUUUCGUUGAGUGCCUCGCGAAGUGUUCUUGAGGCACUUAAAGGGACCUGUCGCUUAAGUGUUUCGUUGAGUGCCUCGCGAAGUGCUUCUUGAGGCACUUAGGGGACGCGUCGCUUAUUUGCCUCAUUAAGCGCCUCGAGGCACUUAAGGGACUUGUCGCGCAAUUCAGAACUUAUUCUUAGCUUCGAGACUCUGACAAGCACUGCUGCUUCAGUGCAUGAGCACUCAUCCAAAACUAUUAGCAUAAUCUUAACUCAUCUUGAAUCAUAAUCCUCAUACCUACCUACCUACCCGAACCACCUUCAGCUGACGCGCUUGCGCAGGAGAAGCGAAGGGUGAAGGAUAAGCUAAAGCAGUAUGACGCAGCAUGGGAAGCGCGCCAUGGUGCACCACCAAAUCGACGAGAAAAAGAACCGAUGCGACCACUCUACACGUACUACAAAGAAGUGAAGGACAUGCUAGAACAACGACCUAGUGAGCCUAGAGAAACGCAAGGAGGGUCUACGCCAUCCACAUGUGCCCCUCAACAUUCUGUUGGAUCACCUGCUGCUUCACCAAGUAUCGGAAUUUCUGCGAGAACUAGUGGGCACGACCCAAGUAGAGGUGGUGGUCUUGCAAAUCCGAACUAUAGUGGGACAGCUGGAGGAAUUAGUACAGCUGUCGGUUCUCCUGGUGUGCAACAACUAGCAGGAGGAUCUGGAGCAGGGGGUACUUCUCUAAGCACAGGAGCUUCCACCAGCAACGUGACAUCAAGUACCAGUGGUCCUUCAACAGGUUCAGGUAAGAACGCUUCAAUAAGUAGCGCUGCAGCUGCGGCUAGUGGUGGAGGUGCAACUAGUGCCGGGAGUACAGGACGCAAUAAUACGUCCUCUCAACCGAAUGGUGGUCCAAACUUUGCGUAUCUUGUACCAAAUAGCGGUAAUGGAGGACAACGUAGUAGUACUCAACUACAGCACAAUCAACACGGUUCUGCAUCUACUGAAGGAGGGUUUGCUAGUGUCACACCCGUAGCCUCAAGUCCGGAGAGCAGUGACAGUCCAGGCGUGUUUCAAUAUAAUUCAGCUGCUGACGACGCGCCCUCAGUUGGAGAAAGGCGUGGCGGGUACUAAUGUUUUUUGGAAAAAGCUUUUCUCAUCAACAUGCAAAAUCGAGAGAGUUAUAGAAGAGGAAGAUGCUUCAUAAUACUACUCAUGCUGGUAUUUUUUGUCUAAGGGGUCUAAUAGACACUUAGCUUGUAUUUUUCCAGCAGCUAACUCUAACGUGUACCACCUUACCAACAUAAACAUUCCCUCACAGUCGCACCCACCUUGCUGACGGAGCCACAAGGAUGUCGCAGCACCUUGACGUGUAUCCAUCGAGGUCGCCAGAGGGUUUAGUAGGGAAUCGAUCACCAGGAACAAGAACUACUGCAGGAGGAGGGAACUCCGAACUGAUUGCUAAAAAACAGGAGCUACAAGCGGAAAAAGCUCAGAUACGCGAUAGAUUGCAGAAGUACUCACUUUGUUUUAACUUGGAGUUGUGGCUCUUUCCGUAAUACAAUCCUCUGAUGUAAGUCCUGUCUCGCUUCCUUGGGCCGGAGACUCGUAGUAGGUGGCCCAAAAAAGGACUUGGGCGGUCAAAUCCGCGCCAUGUGUAAUCUUCUCGGCGUCCAGUCUGAGCUCGUAGCUCUUGGCCAGCAGUAUGCCGCUGGCGCCGCUGAGAGGUACAAAAGCCAGCACUCUGCGUCUAGUGUCAAGCGACGCCGCGAAGGCGCCGAUGGUGGCGGCUCCAUCGUCCCCGCCGGGGGAGGGGCGGCUCCAUCGUCCCCGCCGGGGGAGGAAUUGCCAGCGCUUUGCUUGCAGGACAAGACGGCGAAGAUGAUGAGGGGGAAAAGUGGGGCGCCGAUCAGGCCGGCUUCUUCGCUAAUGAAUUCCCCGACACGGAUGACGAAGGUGGCGAUGAGCACCGGGGUGGCAGAAAUGCACCAGCCUCAGGAGGUGACGGCGCCGGGAGUGAGGUCGGUGGUGCUGACCGGUUCGGCGUCUCGUCAUUCAUAGGGAGCGCCGCCAAACCUGCGGCGACAACACGCAGCGGCCGGGCCUGUGUCGCUGCUGCCGCCACCGCGGGGGCCCCGCCUUCUGCGUAUGGUGAUGGUGAUGACGAUGCCCGGCUCAUACUCUCAGAUGAAGAGAAUGACGCGGGUCCAAUGCCUCUCGGAGCCUCUGCGGCGGUUGUUGAUGAAGAUCACCGCGACGGCGCUUCGUCUAUCAUUCGCGGACUUACCACGGCAUCCCCUCACUCCUAACCACAAUCGACGUCGCUGCCGUGGUGCAUGCUAUUACUCGCCUGUCGAAGGGUGUCCGCCCUUCUGACAUUCUAGCCAACAGCUCGGCGCCCAUGGCUUGGAGCGCCGAUAGCGGUUCGGAGAUGUAUGAGGACCGACGGGACAUCCCCGACGAGCAUUUCGCCAAGGUCUUACGCCGGUUGGUCGCUGCUAUGGUAUGCGGCCCGAACAGGGCAAGAUAAAGGAGCGCAGCCGUUACACAUCUCCGGCGGAAGUCGCUGACGCCAUUCCGUCCAGUCGAGGCGUCGCCACCUUCCAGGCGUCGCCCCCUUCAACCUGUCGGGCUUAUUUCGAUCUUGUCAAAUCUCGGCCGCCUUCUUUCGAGGGUGAGCACUGGCUCGCAGACGUUCGCAGCCUCGUCGGUGCUGGUCGUUUCAUCGCCGACAAGUCGCCCGCCAAAUCGCUCGCGGGUGUUCUGGGUGUGCUUUGGGAUACUUUGACAGAGGCGGCAGAGGCCCCGCAUGGGCAUACUGGCCGGCGAAGGGAGCCCAAGACCAAGCAAACCCAACAGGGACAAACCUGCACAAGCCUGCGCGACUUCGGUCAAACCUGCGCGACUUCGGUCAAACCUGCGCCGCGCCGUAUUAAUUACCUUGGGACUGCGCUGGUGUUGCUUUUUUACACUUACAAAAUAUCCGGCCCCGUUUUCUGCUCUCUUGCUCCGCUGCUACGAUUACACCGGACUGGCCUGGAGUCGGUUUUUUGGGAGAAAGUACCGAGCGAGCCACCAGGCGACAUUAUUGCGCUUGCAGUUUCCGAAUUCAGACAGGUCCUGUCUUCUUUAACCACAAAAAUGAAGUCACCCAACGAACUUGAGGCCACACUCUCUUUCUCUCUAUCACUACCACCAGGUACCAAGACGAUUUUUUUCAACGGAAUAAGCGGAAAAUCAAAUAUCAUCGCGACAUAUUGCCGAUUGAAAAAGAUUACAAGGAUUACAAGGCGAUCAAGAGGCAAAUGGCCGAAAUUGAUAGCUGGAUGGCCCUUGGAAGUCCUGGAACAGGGUAACAAUAUUGAUAGAGAUAGACAUGUAGAUGUUACUGACAAUACAUACUUAAAUACUUUCACUCACUAAUAGCUAGCUCUGGAUUACUUAUUGCUUACUAAUUCUUCGCGCAAAGAGAAAGAGAAUCAAAUGAAAGUGAUUCUCGAUAGUUGGUUCUGGAUUACUUAUUGCUUACUGAUUCUGCUCCAUCGUGAUCUGAGAGGCUCAUGAAGUUCUGGAUUACUUAUUGCUUACACCCAAUAAUUGUCAUCUCCGAAGCAGGGAUGAUGGAUAGAUGUUCUUAGUUCUGGAUUACUUAUUGCUUACUGUGAUCUUAAUGGAUCUGAAUUCUGGAUUACUUAUUGCUUUUCUGGAUGAUUCCGCGCCUGUGCUGUGGUCGUUGAAGCGGGUUCGAAAUAUCACGACUGACCUCGAUGUUCAAGGGGUCUAGCAGCGCACUUGAUUAAUACCAAGAACGAGUAUACAUAGAAGGAUGAUAAUAGAAACAUAGAUGAGCGAGCUGUCGCCUCGCACGCUAACAUCGUGAUACGAGCAUCUGUAAUAAUUUACUGGGACAUGAUAUUGAAGUAAGCGUACUGAAAAACUUGUAUACUUUCGUCGCAAAGAAGAACAGCUGUGCUAGUGCCAUCAGCUGACGGCUGUGGUAGGUGUGAAGGACCUCACUCGUAUGUUGAUGAGACAAAAGCUAGAAUUCAUGCCACAAAUAUGACCAAAGUUUGGGAGACCACGAACGCGCGGAUAAAAUGCGCAUGAGCAGAUG